AGUUUUAUUUGCUGGCAUCGGUGUCGUUCCUUCACUUACUCAUGAUCUUGGGGGCUGCGCAUCCUACACGCAGCGUGUACAUUCGUACACGAAUCGAAUCUAAUCAAAUCGUUCUUAAUCGAAUCUCAGCGAUCGCUAUCGAAUCUUUUCUCUCUCUACUCUUGGUUUACAAUCGAAUCAUCUUUCUCAUUUCUCUUUUUCCACUCCCUCCCUCCCUUCUUUCUGGUAAUCCAUUCACACUCGCCCCUAGCGGCGUCGAACGCACAGCCUAUCUUCCUUCAGAUUCUAUCUCAAAUGGUCAUUUGAUAUUCAUCUUCGUGCGAUUCGAUGCCGCUAGUGGGCUAGUCUGGAUGGCUAACCCGCUAGCAAAAUAAACUCUCGCUCUGAUUGGCAGCACCUGGACUCUCGUCCUCAAUUUCAAAUUAUUAUUAACUACGACAGGCGAAGUGCUUGUAUAAGUUGCCUAAAUUUGUUCCACUGUUGCUGUUCUUAAUCCUGCUCGCAACUUUUUACCUUGCAAUUGCAUAUUGUGACUUUUUCGUAAAUGUAUUUGUAUUCUGGAAAACAAGAGACAGAGGUUUGCUUCUUUGGAUAUCGCAACUACUUAGGUAGAUAGCACGAUCUCCUGAAGAUAGUGAUAGAGAUAGACCAGAAAGAUAAACAACUAUUAGAAACAAAAGAACUAGAACUGAAUGCCAAGAGCAAAAAAUGCCGUCGUUAACAUGCCGGCCAUGGGAAAGUUGGGCGUGUGGCGAUGAUCCUGAGCAUCUCUCGGAUCUUGCCGAACAAGGAGUUCAGGACAGCGGUUUUUUGACUUUGAGUUUGAUGAAGAACCGUGUAUUAGGAUCCAGUGCAACUACUUCGACAUCUGAUAGAGGAGCCACAACAUCAGCAUGUAGAUACGACCUACAGAAAGACAAGGAAUGCGAAGGUAACGAGAAAUGUAUCCUGUCGGAGCAUGCUGCUAACAAUCGUGCUCGGGGUAGACGACGCGGCGGCUUUGUCGCAACUUCCUUCCUUGGCGCCUAUUGUGUGAUAAUGAUCUUCGACACCAGCUUUCAACAUGGCCGAGCUGUGAGAAUGAAGCCGACCUUCGGAAGGACCAUGAUUGCGAAAAAGAGCGACGUGGCACUUAGUCAUGAAGAUAGCGAACAAGCCUAUCGCGACGAGAAUAGAAGAAAUUCAAAAAGUAAAAGUGGUGGAAGCAACAGCAGGAAUACUCCUGCGUCGAAGACUACAGUAAGUGAUGGAAGCGGACGGGGAGACGCUUCGAGAUUUCCGAUUUUUACCGUGCAAGACGUGGCCCACGCCCAUCUCAAUCUCUCAAAAGAGGUUGCGCUUAGUAAGAAUAAAAGUACUGAUGUGAAGACAAUGUCCGAGACAAGAAACACAGAAGGAGCAAGCGCAUGCGUGCCGCGCGUCGCUGCACUGUAUAAUGGAAAUGGUAGUGCUGGCGGCGACGAAAACAGCAUGAUGAUGUAUCAACAUCAAGAGCACCAACACUACGAUGGAUUUUCGCAGUCGAUGAAAUACUAUCAUACGCCUGACGCGGUAACACAAAGUGGCGUAUCUUCGCCCUACGUUGAUAAUUGCGAAACAGCACCUCAUAUUCUGCAACCGCAACCAGACGAGAACGGAUAUAAUCAAUCUUCUAGUAAGGAUGUAUCCAGUGCCAUGCGCGGACAUCCAUCUGCUUGUAAGGGUAAAAAAGGACAUGGUACGCAUCUUGAUAUCAUCUCUCCUCCUGCUACAGCUAGCAACGAGGGGGCUAAACCAGGAACAUCAAGUACCACUGCAUUUUCUGAGAAGGGCGAGGAGAGCAGAACGACGAAAUCAUCGGGGGAAGCAAGUUGUGGUGCAUCAACGUCGUUCAUGGCAGGUUUAUUUGGAUGUGGACAUGAUUCUGCAAUCCCUUUCGCUGAUCAACAUCCAAUGCCAAGUUCGCCAGCUCCUUACAAUUCGUGGUCGGCUCCUUUUUCUCCUGGUGCUGUGUCGCAUAGCUCAGCCACGUGGUCUGCGUCUGGCGGACAAGCGUCAGCCAUGGAUGCGCAGGCCGCGAUGAACAUGGCUGCCGCUUCAGGUGCGAUGGUCUACUACAUUCCGCCAGGUGCAGCCCUGACGUGGGGGCAGACGUACAACUGGUCAGGAGGUGGUAGUGGCACAGGUACUGCGCCUGCAGGAGGUGGAGCCUGGACGAGAAGUAAGGCGCAGCCCUUUAUGGAGGAGACGCCAGUCUCAGAAAGCAUUGGAGAACGCAGAAGCUGGGGAAUUAAUGAACCCAAGAAAGACAAAGAGGACGCGGAUCUGCAGUCCGCUUCUUGUGAACAAGGAGGCUCUUCGCUGACAAAACUGGACCCGCAAGCUGCCCCGUAUCUUGGCCAGCAGUCUUUUCUACCGAAUGCAGCACAACAUCAGACCUCCUCGCAAGGUGCUUCGGAAACAUCAUCUCCGCAAUCUUCCGCUAAUGUGUUCUAUUGCUACUACGUUCCACCAUCGCCUGCAGCAGGUGGUGGGAUGAUAUCGCCGGGGUCGCAGCACGCGCAACAGGCUCAGCAACUACCAAGUAUUCUUGGAGGCGGCUUCUAUGGAAACGGGAUGACUUUACCCUGUGGAGGGACCUAUACGGAGUACCCGGCUGGAUGCGGCGGCAACUUCGGGAACGAAGGCUCCUCUAGCGAAAUGGGGAAGCAUCUUCACAGUCCGCAGGGAGGAUCGCCGGAAAAACGAGUCGCUGUCGUUAAGGAAGCCCAAGAAUAUGUCGGAAAGGCAGGUGCACCAAACGAAUCUGAGUAUCCUGCGGCGACGCCCGGCAUGAGAGAGGCAGACUAUAGUCAGUCUCAGGCAAGGGACACCUCUCAGUCGCACGCGCCACAAAAGGGAAUCUGCUUGGCCUCAGCAAUAGGGAGAGCGACAUCAAGUACGAGUGGUGGAAGCGGCUCAGUUGCAAAAGACCCUAGUAGACCGGGAGCCAUACCAGGCCCAUCUCGAGUGCGACAUGUUCCAACUCUGUCGGUAGCCGAAGUUGUAAACAAAAUGGCUCAGCAAGUUGCGGCUCGCAACGGAAAGAUUCGAUCAGCGCAAGCCGUCUACAAUUGGAACCCACUGGGCCGCAGCUCCUCGUCCCCUGCUUCCGCAAACACGGCUCGCGAGGUCGUCUGGGACACUGCCCAGAAGUGGCUGUCAGACCACACGAUCCGAAAAAUUGAGGUCGUCACAGGAAAAUGGACACUACGAGGGCUCACGUGGAACUUGCUAGAACAGAUGUACCAGACGACAUUUGUGGAAAAUCACAGUGCUGGUUCUACUGUGACAUCGGUCGUGUCGCAUCUAGGAUCUGACGCGAAGGGUGUGGCGAAGUCAACAGCGUCCGGCGUCACCGUCACAGGAGGCCUCUUUCUGCCAUUUCGCAGUGGGGCGCCGCCUGGUAGUACCGCGACCAAAGGCGCAGGAACCCUAUCUGGAGAAACGUCGAACCUCAGUUCCAAAAGUGGAGACUCGAUGCUGUCAGAGUCGAAAGAGUCAUCGUCGAUGCAAAGCGCAGCAGCUGGAGGGAUGAACAGUGAUCCAGCACGGCUGCCUUCCACCCUACCCGAACCAGUGAAGUCGAACAGCCCGUGGCCGCUGCCGCAGAAGCUAGGCAUUUCGUACCGAAUCGAGCAUUCGCAUCAUUGGAAGAACCGGAAGAUGGAACAGCUGGAGAGGCUGAUACAGACGAUGAAUCCUUCUACGCGGGAAACGGGAGAGCCUCCUUUGGAUUUCGCACUGCUCCAAGAAUGCGACUUUUUGCGCCUGCAGUCCGCACAUAACACUUGGAAGGCAUCAGCGGCAGCAUCGCAGCAAGCAAUGCAUGACCAGCAGGCAGGACCAAGUAAGGGGUCUGCGACACAUCGGCAUGGUGGCAAAGCGGUGGGAGAGGUGGCUGCGGGUACUUCUGGAGGUGCAGGAACAGGCAAACCUCAUGAACGACAGAAAAUUCGUCGCACCCAAGUGGUCGAUGGCGGUCAAAUUAGCAGUGAAGCAAUGAAAUACGCGAUGUGGGAGGUUCGAGAGGCUUGGAAAAACACGCUGAAGAAAAACGGACUGGAAUUCCUGGAAGUUGGAUUGGCUCAAUAUCAAGACCACCGAAAAGAUUUCCUCGAACGCAUCGACAAAAUUUUAUGGUUUUCUAGUACGAGUGCUAUUUGACCUAGUAGUUGUAUUUGAAUCUGAUGAACAUAUCUCCUCUCCUAACAAUGCUGUAGUUUUUUUAGUUUGAUGCCAGUUGUUCACCAUCAACAAGUGUAACGUCCAUAGUUAGAGGACCUGUUCCAGCAUCUUCAACCAUCACUUUCAUAACCACAGUCGGGUCUUCUCGUGGACGAUGUGCAGAUGGAGAAGAGCAGCACACAGGAUUUGAUGAUCGUCUAUCGCACAUCAACCUUGGAGCCUCUCCCAACGGGCUAUCGUGAUGCAUUCAGUGAUGGGAAUUGGCCUGAUAUGUGGCACAGUGACCGCAAGCUCGAGCCUCUUGAAGUGCCGUCGUCUUCAUCCACAUCCAGGUAUUCACAUAUUACUUUUGACUGGAUAUUAGCUUGCGAAUACAUAGUUUUUUCUUGUCGUUGAGACUGAUCUUAAGAAGGUGAUUAAGUGAGAACACCGACAGUCUUUGGGCUCGAGCAACUACGAGGCAGAAUGUGGUAGCUCCAGUUGAUUCUAAUCGAAAACUUAUCGUCUGUAAUAGUUGUACUGUUGUCGUCCAUCAACAUCAAGAAUCAUGUCAUGUAAGUAUGCUUCCGGUAUUUGGUAACCUGAAAUUGAUCAUAAGGGAAAACAAGAAGAGAACCCUUGCGAUCAAAUUCAGGUUACCAAAUACCGGAACCAUUCAUGUCAAUUAUUUCAUUGCGACUCCAAGGUCGUGGCAUUAUCCAUUGCAGAGGCGUGCUGCCGGGGCGACGUUUAGGGUACUGCAGACCCACCCGAAUUCCGGCGAAGGCGAGUCGUUGGUGGAACUUGUGUCUUUGCAUCUACGGUACGCUGCUGCCGACGAGAAUGCAGUGCUUAUCCGGCGUCGGCAGGAAGAAAAUACCAAACGUGGGAUUGCCACGAUUCUGGGAGGUGACACUAACAACUUGCUUCUGCCAGGGUCGACGGGGACGGCGAAUGUAGCAACAUCCUUGGCACGCGCCGCUGCCAUAAUUCCUCAAGAAAAGGAGCAAAAUACUAGAGGAGUAGCAGAAACAAAAAUGCGAGAACAAGCGGAAUCUGAACCAGCCAGAAGAUCUCGACGAAGUACGGCUGAUGACGAGGAGGAAAAGAAAGGUAAUUCGCAGGACGGAGCACCGAAAGCUUCAGCGUCAUCUUUUAUUUUUUUCCAUAGGACUACAUGCUGCCUCUCUUCUACUUAAUCAAUUAAAUAAUUACUCAGCUGCAGGUGCCAGCGCAGAGGCAGACGUCGACCGAAGUAGUGCGACUAACAACAAUAUAUCGACGGUCGAGAGUGGCUCUUCUUCCGCAACUGCCCCCGCAACGAAAAGUCGCUCUUCAGGUCACUUGAUCCAGCUUGACGAGUACAUGCAAAUCUACGGCUCCGGAAGAGAGAAACUCCUGCAAGAGGUAGAACAAAUAACCGCGCCUGUUGUGGGGGGUGGCGAAGGCAGAGGAGAAGAGAGCGAGGACAAAGCUCAUGAGGAGGAGCGUGCAUCCUCGCCUCAGAAAUUUCGUUGUGGCGUUGUCGUUGACGCACAAGAAUUAGAAGAGACGCCGAGUUUUAGUGAGCAGGAGCGACGCAGCCGCAGUUCUGCUUGCGAAGAUGCCUCUAGCAUAACGCAGAUUGUGGGUUCACGGAUUUCUUCCGCCGAAAGUUGUGACGCAGUAGAGCCAUCCUCGAUUUCCGAUCCGUGUGGAGGUUUGAAAUUGAGUCGGACAAUUUCCCCGACCUCCGCGACGACGGCGACGCGCACGCCCCGCGGGAGCAGCAUUGCUGGCGACGGUAAGAUGUCGAGUAGGGAUUCCUCUCCCGCAGUCGACUUUUUCAACGGCGGCUUGACACCACGCCCAGAUCUUUGUAACUAUCGUGACAUAGAAGUAGAAGCAGAACAAGGGCGACGACAGCGUGCCGCACAAGCGUGUGCAGAAGACGUCAUGACAGAAAUAUAUGACGCGCGGCACUCACCGGAACAAAUACUGGAAGUGGUCCAACAAGGUGAUAUUCCUGAAGAAGAACUCAGCUGGCUGGGGAUGGGUAGCAGUAGUUCUAGUAGUUUUCCGGCACUCGCGAAAGCUAAUAUUACAUUAACAGAUGCAUCAAAAAAUUCAGCACGUUUGAGUAGAAAGAGCAUUGUGAAGCAAACUACUAAUUCGUCCAGUACAUGUACGAAUCCAACUAUGAUGUUAGGCGAUGCAACUGGUAAUAUCACAGUUGCAGAAGGGACCAUGACGAUGACAGGCGAUCAUACUAUUCCAAACGAUGGAGCGGGGGCGAUUGAAAUCGUGAUGAACAUUGAAGAGAUUCAUCAGCCAGAGAUGAACAUUAUGUGUGCAGAAGACCAAGCUCAUGCCGCGAGAGUCAGAGAGGCUCGCAGACCUGAUCCCGAAAAGAGCUAUGCGGCGGCAUUGUUAACCUCGAAGUUAGGGAGCAAGACGACCGCAACAGUUGUCCCGAUGAUUACUCCUACAGUUUUGAGAACCUCAAAAUCAAAAUCGCCUUUCGCGAAACAAGCGAAACUCUCAAUAAAAGGCACUACACAGCUCACCAGCCAAGGAGGAGCAGACCUUACAGAAGAGGAGUUUCCGGCUUUAUCGCUAAGCAGCGUGGCGGUGCUGACAAAAGCUGCGUCCAAGCGAGCAGGAUACGAAAAGCAAGCAACCGGAGGAGCACGAGAAUCAGCAGGUCAAGCACAGCAGUUCCUAGGGAGGGCAGUGUCUACACCAAGCGGUUCGCCAACUACUGCAGAAACCUCCGCUACGGCUACGUCGACAAUGAAUGGCACAAGAGGUGGAAAGUCGUGCACAAUUUUACGUAUUGUUCCGUCCGACUUGGUCACGCAAGGCGAAGAUGAUGGUAGCGUAGGGGACGCGUCAUGGCAACUCUCAUCCGCAGCGCAAAGGAAACUACGACGCAAAGCCGCAAAGCAAAAUCGGACAGCUGCUAACUGUACCAGCGAACCUGGUUCUUCUCCAACUUAUGUAUUGGAUGUAGCACGAGCAGAGACAAAGACAAUGGAGCAACGGCUAAAUACAUCGGACUCGAUCAGCCCGCCAUUAUGUGAUGCGACCGAUUUCAUACGCGGAGUGGGCGCAGAGGAGAGAAAGACAAGUGGACGGAGUGCUGAAGAUACCAAGGCGCAAAACGUAGAAGAUGAACGGGAAGGCCACGCCUGCUUACCACAAACUGGAACAACGAGAAUCCAGGACGCUGCUACAACGACGGAAGCGGCACCGAAGAUCCUACUUGAGAGUCAAGCUUCUUCGAGGGAUAGAAAUGGUCCAACAACUACCUGCAGGAGCAUAACAGCAUCACCAGCUGUUGUAGCGCCCGUGAAACGUCGUAUGCGUGAGUCAGCGAUUAUGGCGCUGCCAUUAGAGUAUGACGUCUUUUUUGUUGCACCAGCCUCAGGUGACAGUGAUAUCGGGGUUCGCAACCUUGGAGGCGAAUACUGGGACAUAGAUCAGACGUCUGGCUUGCUCACGAAGAAAUACGAGUCGCCUGAAAACUACAUGCGUAGGAGCGAACUGGGAAAACCAUUCGAGAACGGGCUUCCGCGAGCCAUGAGGGUCCAGCAACUCGCCGGUACGCAGUCAGGUUCCGGAGGAAGGUGGCCGUGA